UCGAUGUAUCGUCGUGGCCUGUUGAGCAUGAAAGUUGGGAGUUAUUCAUCAAAAAAGUGAUGCUUCUGAAUGAUAAUUAUUUGAAAGGGGAAGGACCACGCGUCUUCGAUACCUCUCUAUCUCUAUGCAUGUCGUGGCUACAGCAUAACGAAACUUCCCUUUCCCAUAUAUACAUAGAUGCAUACAUGUGAAACACCAACAACAGGAGAAAAGAACGAGUACUAUACGUUAGUCAUUAACUCGAUCAUGGAGAUGAAUAGUUCAAGGAGAUCAAGAGGGUUCAAGAUAGCUAGGCUCCUGCCCUUUUGGAAAGCUCUAAAGCCUCCAACUGCCUCCCAAGACCUUUAUAAUAAUGUUCACUACACUUCCUCCACCACAACUUCCUACGCUUCCCAACCUGAUUUCAGUAGCUACGUAACUCCUCUUCCACCUAAAGUUAGCUUCCUCCUUCAACCAUCCGUGGCUCGUGAGGGGGAGGAUCUGGAAAAGAAGCUGAACAAGAUGAGAGAAAAGCUGGCCGGUAGAGGGAUUAAUGGUAUGGACGAUUCCGUUGACGCUAGAGCCGCUUCCUAUAUAUCCUCGGUUCGAGAAAGGUUCAAGCUGGACCAUUGUGAGAGAGUGACGACGACUGUUGUUAGCUUAGAUCAUGAAGAUGUUGACCGUUAGGAUUUAGGUGGAUUUGACCUAUAAAUCUGUGUCAGAACACGUCAAAACCCACUCAAAACCAAAAAAAAAAAAAAACACUGCGACACAAGCUUAAACCCGAUACUAUCUUUUACUGAUUUAAAUAAGGAAAAUUGAAACUUCUGUUCCUACGAAAUAUGAAGCAAUCAUAUUUGUGUAC